GUGGCUCUGCCUGUGUGACCCGAGUCCCCGGUCGGUCCCCGUCGUCUCCGCAGCCGCGGCCUCCCAGCCAUGGGCGCCGUCUGGUCCGCCCUGCUGGUCGGAGGGGGUCUGGCAGGAGCGCUUUUCGUUUGGCUGCUGCGGGGCGACGCUGGGGGCUCGGGGACCGACGGGGACUUGGAGUCGGAGAAGGACGCCCCUCCCGGGGAGGCUGCGGCUCCAGGAGGCGAUCAGGGUGGCGGCGGCGGACGGAGCCCUGGACCUUCCGGGCAGGAUCUGGUCACCAAACCAGAACAUCUUCAAGAAAUCAAUGGACGUUUGAUUUCUGAGACCAAAGACCUGCUGGAGGAAACCCGGAAAUUACAGAAUCCUUCCAGAGAAGUCUGUGACACGUCCAGAGAGCACGUUCCUUCUGGACAGUUUCCAGAUAGAAAACCUCUAGCUACCUCUGAGAACAGUAACUCUAGGAGUUACCCUGAAUCUUCAAGAAAUGAAAACCCUGAAACUCCUACAAGAGAAUGGGGCUUCCAAAAAGGACAGGAUACGCCUGCUAAAGCAGCUAAAUGUUCUGCAGAGAAGUUGCCUCCUGGCAACCUGCUCGUGGACAGACAUGAAGACACAAGCCUGGCGCAGCUGAACAGGCAGGACCUGGCGAACCACGAGGACUGGGAAAUGGUGUCUAGGCACUCAUCUUGGGGGGACAUUGGCUUGGGUGGCAGUCUUGAGACCUCAAUGUUAAACCUAAACUGGGGAAUGGACUAUGGGAGAAGCACUGUUGUGGACGGAAGAGGUCGGGAGGCGCGGAGGGAAGUGGAAAGAGUGGCAGGGUCCUCAAAGACUGGGCAAGUCAGCAUCAGGUUCCAGGUCCACUACGUUACAAGCACUGACGGGCAGUUUAUCGCAGUAACUGGAGACCACGAGAGUCUUGGGAGAUGGGACAGUUACAUCCCACUCCGCUACUGCAGGGACGGACUCUGGUCUCAUUCUGUUGUCCUGCCAGCUGAUACAGGGGUGGAGUGGAAGUUCAUCUUGGUGGAGAAUGGGGAAGUUACCCGCUGGGAAGAGUGUAGCAAUAGGUUCCUGGAGACUGGCCAUGAGGACAAGGUGGUUCACGAGUGGUGGGGGGUUCCCUCCUCCAGUCUGCAAAGUCCCGGAGAGGCUGUGGCAGAAAGUGCAGAGGCAAAGGUUGUGGAGCACACGGAGACAUUUAAAAGAAAAUAAAGGCAGUGUGACUCCAAAUUCAGCAAUCAGAGUUGUUUUAAAUCUGCUAGUGGCUUUUGUCUAAUAUGCGGAAAUAUACGUGUGUGUGUGUGUGUGUGUGUGUGUGUGUGCGCAGAUAACGGUUCCCAUGAGCACAGGCUUCUUUCCCUGUGGCACGGACUGGUGGGGUUCUGCUGACCCAUCACUACCUCAGGGCUGAUUCUCCUGGGGAGUGACUCGCUAAGUUCCAGCCGUAGGCCGUGGCCAGGAGCACAGAAACUAACUACGACACAGGGUUCAAGCUUGUGCCUUUAGGUGAUCCUUAGACCAAGGUAGCAAAAUAAGCCUCAUUCAAAAUGAUUUGUUUCCUCUCAGUACAGCUUCAGGAAUGUUCUUUACUACAUGCAUAUUUUAUAUUUCAAAAUUGUAAACACUAUAUGGAACUAUGAUCAGAAAAUGCCUGGUCACUAGAUGUAAUUAGUAAGGAUACUUCCCAGUGCUGUGUGCCUUUGUUCCAUUUUAUCUGCCAGGUAUGGUUUUGAAGGUAGCAAGUAUGUCUUUGGCUUAAUAUUCUGAGGCUGUGUAGAAAUGAGGGGCCAUGGAAAUUGGUCAUGGAGCAGGCCAUGGGGAAGGGGAGCAUGGCCGGGAAUAGGGGGUGGGCUGAGUGAGUGGCCUCAGUGACAUCUCUUAGAGGACAGGGAGACCCAGGUACAGCCUGACUGCAGGAGGACACACACAUCAUUUACCCCGGGAGCCUGGCAGGGCCCUCUCUCUCCCAGGGAGCCUGGCAGGGCCCUCUUCCUCCCACUGCCCCGCCCUCUCCCGCAGAUCUGGACUGUUCCAUAGCAGUGGCCUCUGUCACCCUCUUUCCUCUCCUUUCAUACCAGUAGCCAUCCUGGGUAACAAAUUUAUACUGGACAGUGAUACAGAAGUAUAUCUUUGCUCUGAGAAGAAAAAAUAAACAUUUAACUUUAAGUUAUUAUAAGUGAACUAAUAAUAAAAUCUGUUUUAAUAUCUUUAUGAAA